ACUGUAAAAUCCAAAAAGUACAGACAAAUGCAUUGAAUACACAACCCGUGUUAGAAAAACAAAACAAAACAAAAAACGGAGGGAAACAUCCAACAGUUUGGGACAUGGACAAAUGGCGAUGUAUACACCACUGGCAUAGCAUUAGCUUAGCGGCUAAGUUUUCCCAAAAGGAAGUUAGCGCAAAUUAGACUGUGAGGCUGGAUGUGUUCGUGUCUUGUUUUUAUUGCAGUGAUCAUGGAGGCCGGAGGUGAUGAAGAGGUUGCAGAUGGCCAAAAUAUUCAGUCAUGUAACGCUAAUGUUUGUCCCUCCGAGUCCAGAGAUGAGAGGUCCAAUGUCACCCGAUGUUUGCAGUCUUACAAUAACCAAUUAAACGGUGAAUAUCUUGCUUCCACUGACAUGGCUGCGGUUCAUCUGAUCGGGCCAGUGUCUCCAGAGAACAUGGAUGUGGAUGAAGAGGGUUUGUUCAAACACUCCACCACUCUGACCAACAAGCAGCGUGGGAAUGAGGUUACAGUACGCCCAGCAACAUUAGAUUCUCUGUCCAUACACCAGUUGGCGGCUCAAGGCGAGGUUUCACAAGUGGCUGCACACCUGAGUAAAGACAGUUCACUGCUCAGCAGACAGGAUGAACGGGGCUUUACGCCUCUCAUGUGGGCAGCAGCGUUUGGAGAGAAAGCAGUGGUGGAUUUUCUCUUAGAAAAGGGCGCAGACCCCAAAACAAUUGCCAGGGAGCGAGAGAGUGCCUUGACACUGGCCAGCUCUGGAGGUUAUGUGGACAUUGUUGAGUCUCUUCUCAGUCAUGGAGUAGACAUCAACACUUAUGACUGGAAUGGUGGGACUCCUCUUCUAUAUGCUGUACGAGGGAACCACAUCAAAUGUGUAGAGGCACUCUUAGCCAAAGGGGCAGACAUGACCAUCGAGUCUGACUCUGGGUACAGUCCAAUGGCCUUAGCUGUUGCCCUUGGACACAAAAAGAAAAGUGUUGGAGGACCAUAUUCUGAAACUCUACAAGCCACCAACAUGACACUAGUUAAAAUUAAUAAAUGGACAGGACAGUCUGACACAGUUGAUCUCAAAUCUACAACCAGCUAUCAUCUGUGGUGAGAUGGCUAGGACCUCUGACACAAUAACAAGUCAUUGUUAUAGACCAGUACAUAUGCAGAGACAUUUACACUGAGUAAACUGCAUUUGUUAUUUUAUAAACAGUUUAUUCCAUUUGUAUGCAUUACAAUGUACAAAAACUUUGUACAAAAAUGUGACAGUUGUGCAGCAGAAUUAUUUUGUUUGGCUGAAGGACAGCAGAAAAAAGGACUGAACAAGUUUUAAUAAAAAUUUAUUUUUA